UUGGAUCACUUCCUCUGAAAACCAAAAGCGAGCACAGACGCGCGCGCACACACGCUUAAAGGAGGCAAACUAAGUGCUCUGACAGGAAAUAACCUUGAUAAUGGAAAGCAUUCUUCCUUUCAGCUGGUGAUGGUGAUGAUGAAGAUGGCUGCUUUCUCCAACGCGGCUGCACUCCUGCUCUUCUUCUCCGUCUUUGCCCCUGCAGAUUCUACCGGUUGUGAUAUGUAUGGUGCAGCAAAAGCAAACGUUACUGUGCCACUGCCGUACAACCUGAAAAAAUCGGACCAUCUGAGAUGGAGGCAUGACAAUUCAAUCAUACUUGAUCAGAGGCCAAACAAGUUUGUGAAAGGCAGUCUGAGCGAUAUUACUGAAAAUGGAUCCCUGAUCCUGAAAAAUUUGGAUCAGAGCAAAGAAGGAACAUACACCCCCGAGAUUUAUGAAGAUGGAAAAUCAAAAGGAAAUAUGGGAAGCAUAAAGUUAUGUAUAUUGGAACCUGUCUCACAGCCUCAAGUGAAGAUUCAGUGUUUGUCACCCUCUGUCAAAUUUACCUGCGCUGUUGACAAGGGCGACAAUCCCACCUUUGAGUGGCUUCAGAAUAGCAAGAUACUGGCUAAUGCUAAGGAACCCUUUUUGACCAAAACAGUCAAAGCUGUGGAAACAGCCACCUUCAGUUGCAAAGUUUCCAACAAAGUCAGUUCUAUGACCAGUCCAGAUGUUAAACAAAACUGCAUCAAAGGGUCUGAUAGUGAGUCCCUUCUCAAUAGAGAAAUAUAUGGAAUUAACAUAUGGAUUUUGGUGGGCAGCGGAGGAGGUCUCGUUCUGGUGUUGAUGAUCCUCGUCAUUGUUUGCUGCAUACGGAACAAACGGAGAAAACAUGAGGAGGAGCUACGUUUGCAGUUGGCCAGCGCUAACCAACACCAUCACCAGCAUCAAAACCAGCAUCAUCAUCACCAGCAGCAGCCGGCCGGCCACACCGGUCCUCGCCAAAAUCGCUCCAGACAGCAGCGCAACCAGCAACGCAACCAGCAGAAUCCCACCCCUGACCACCCCAAUGGUCAGCCUCAGCCCAGCCCCAGAAGACCUGCACAGGCCCCCAGACCGGCUGAUACCAAAGAAGAGCAGCCUCCUCCUCUUCCUCAGCCGAGGAAGAAAGGUCCCAGAGCACCAUGAGCGUGACAGGAUACAAGCGUCGGAGUUUAGACGACCGGUUUGCUUCUCACCUUGCAACCUUUCUCUAUUUAAAUUCUUGUGUUGUGUUUUUUUUUUUGUUUGUUUUUUAACCAAAGAAGACCAAGCAAACUCGGCCAAGGGAAGCCGUGAUUCGUGGCACUUCACCAGCUCUCUCUUGUGGUUUUAAACGUCAUGAUUUUCUCAGGGUGUACUGAACAUCUUUAUGAACAAACGGCAGGGUUUUUUUUUUUUUUUGGUUUUUUUUUAUGGUUUAGUCACUAAAGCAAAGUAGCGGGAGCUGAAUUCAAACUAUCUACACAAACUUUUAGUCUUAUUAUCAUCAUCUUUAUAGUAAUAAAAACAUAGAUAAUAAUUCUUAUUAUUAUUUUGUAAGUGCUUUAAUUACUACAUUGUGCUUUUUCUCAAGAUAUCAAACUAUUAUCUCAUUAAUUCAUGCACUCACAAUUGCAUUCAUUUGAAGACAAAAGCAAAUAUAAAUUUUGGUGAAAAGCUACCACUUUUUCCCCCGGGCCCCUCUGCAUUGCACUGUUUCUCUCAAGAACAAGAGGAAAGACUCUACGAUGAAAACAGAGGCAUACAAGGCAAUAAUUGCGAAAUAACCUAAGGUUGACCUUUAAGAUGACCUUUCCUACUUUUUUGAUCUGUCGUUACAGUUGAGUAAGUGACAUGUGUGAGGCAACAGACAUCGUCAGAAGGACGUAUGAAUUUCUGUCUUUCUCAAGAACUCUGAACUUGCAGGAAGAGGAAGUAAAAAUAGUGAUCAAAUGUCAGCAAACUCCAUCUGAGUUCAAGUUUGGUGUUUGUGCCUCUGACUGGGUGUAUAUUUAGUUGUUACUGUAUGAACUUUAUAUGUCCCUGAACAUUAGUUAUGUCUUAUUUUGGGUGGGUGGGGAGGGGGGGGUUAAUACUAACAAGUUCCUUCUUUCCUCUCCCUUAGAGUCAGAAGGGUACCAGUUUCAUAUUUCUAAUAUGAAUUGUUAACUUGUAAUGCUAGCUUAGCAUUACAGAAAACCUGAAAAUGUAAUGUAUCACAAGUUUAUAUGUGGAACAGUGGUGGAAUGUAACUAAGUUCAUUUACUCAAGUACAAAUGUGAAGUAUUUGUUCCUUGUGUGAGUCGUCAUUUAUACUUGUUCUAAAAAAAAAAAAAAAUCUUUUAACAGCUAUAGUUACCAGUUACAAAUUACAAAUUAUGAUCUGACAUAAAAACAAAUUGUUUUACAGUAUAAACAAAUUCAAGCUUAAACAGCUGAAAAGUAAAGAUUUAAUCAACGACUUUUUUUGUAAAUGAAUUAAUCAUUGUGACGAAUUUUUCAUGUAAAAAAAAAAAAAAAAGAAGUCAUGGUUUCAGCUUCAUUUUAAAUAACAGUAAACUGAGUUUUUAUUUGUUGUGGAGUGUUUUUUUUUUCCAGAGUACUUAAAAGUACUUUUACUUAGUAGAGGAUCUGAAUACUUCAAAGUGGGACAGUUUCUUGGCUUGUAUUUGUAUCUCUGGAGUCUUUAUGCUAAGCUAAGUUAUGCUAAAUGACUUGCCUUUUCCAUGUACGUUUAACAGACAAGACAUACAGGUCUUGGUUGAAUUUAAACUAAGAAUGUCACCACAGAGCCAUCAACACGUCUGAUUUUAUUUUUUAGACUGAAAGUACAAUCUGCACACUGUCCUCUGCUCCCAUACAGUUAUUUACUUUUAAUUUUUUUUUUGCUGUCUAAACAAACUGUACACAUUCUACAUUUUGUGCUUCUGUUUCCAUGUGAAUUUAUCUCGACUUGAUCAUUUUAUAGCAGAUGCGUUGUGAAACGAACAUGCCAUUUGAAACGUUGUGUUUGUAGCGAAAAGUUCUUAUUCAGAGUCGCGUUGGAGGGCAAUCCUGUCUGAUCUUUUUUUUUUGUGUAUGUGCUGCCAACUUAAAAAUGCUGAUAACUGAGAUAAGUUACAUUUUCUUCGUCCGGGGGCCUAUCGCGUGUCGUUUAUGCUUUAUUUUUUGCUUUCGCUUUGUAGAACACACCUUCUUCCUGAAAAAAAACAGACAAGUCAAUCUGAUCGUUGUACCAAUGGUAAUAAAUUUCAAAGCUGUUUAUUUACAGAUAACUGAAGUGCGUUGUUCCACUGACACACUCGCUCAAGGCAGAAUUCACCUUUUUGUGUGGUUUUGAAGCAAACGGUGUUAAUUCUGAUGUGACUUAUCCAGCAGAUUGCAUGCGGGGCAAAUGUUCUUUUUAAAGUGUGUCAUUUUCACCUCUGCAGCUUUUUGUGUGUAUGAAUCACUUUACAUAUCCUGUCUUUUGGCUCUAAAUGUGUUUGUGGUUUGGAGCGUUUUAGCUGUUUAUGCUGAGCUACUGCUGAGUGCAAGAUGGGUUAUCGUGUGAGUGUGUGUGUGUCUGCUAGAGGGUUUCCUGUACACACACCCUUAUGCUGAAAGACGACUACAGAAUUUACCAGACAUUUUUGCUGCUAUUCUUCUUUGUCAUUUGACAUUUAAAUUAAUAUCAUCAUUUCCUGCUGACGACUUUUCCCCCCCUAUUGUGUCCCCUUUUAUAUUUUAUUAAAAGUUGUAGAACACAGUAGCAGUAAUAUUUGUUAGUCAUUCUCAAUGUUAGCCAUAAAUGCUGCCAUUUGAUCAACUGCGUGAGAGUUUGAAGGUGCAAGAUUUUGCACGGUAAUACAUCACAUUCACGGCUUUAACAAGCAGUCCGUGCGAUAUUUAAAACAAGGGAUGAUGUGUUCAGUGCAAAUAAAAAAAACAGUACACUGCA